GAUACCUUCAUCUGGACUCCUGAUUCAUCAUUUUACCUGUCCUCGGCAUUCUGUUUUCUCCCAAUGACUAGCCUUCAUAGAUGAUGAAUUAUCAACAGCCUUUUGAAACUACUGUCGGCUCAAACGCGAACUCACUUUUCGCUCCGUCCUCCACUGGUGGUGGAUACACAUCCGAUCGGGUCUCUACAGCACACACGUCAGAAACAAAACUUCCCACAAGCGAUUCCGAGGCACAGUGGUCCAGGCCACCGGUUAACCCUAGUGCAGUUUCCCCGGAAUAUUCCCACGGCUACGGUCUGUACCAUGAUGGCGAGAAAAAUCUUCAGUCUACUCCGAAUCCUUUGCUAAAUGUGCAUCGAACGGUCGCACAGCACGUUGCACCUAACCCACCUCUUUCAUUGGCGUCUACUCCUCAUGUUACCCACCGGCUUCCCGUUUCACACGAUCCCAUUUCAGUGUCCACAGAUCCACAACUGACUCCAGUAUCUGGGUUCUCGGUGGUUUCGGUCGAUAAAAUUACGCUCGAUAAACCGGACACAGCACCUCAAAGCAUUUAUUCAGGCGCCGUUCGCCCUCGAACUUCUCCCAGAACUGCAACAAACGUUUCACAGGCAAAAAUGCCGGUUCGAUCUACUGGUCUGGAGCAAUCAAAGACCCAGCCAAAGAAAUCUUCCAGACUACACCAUACAACAUCAACCACCCCACACAAUCAAUCACUUACCACAGAAAACUUACUUGCGGAACCGCCUGGUAGUGGUCUUGAUUACAUGUCGUAUUACUAUCAGUACUAUUAUGGAGCCAACGCCGUCCCAUUUUGGCCACCUCACGCUUAUCCUGUCGGCGACCCGACUGGUAGGACAACUCCGAAGCUCUUUCCGACCCCACAUAUCAAGGCAUUACUCUCCUCUCCUGGCCUCCUAGUUCAAGUGCUUCCAAACCGGCCUAUGGAUGGAGAACUGGCCCGGGUUGAACUGGUGGACUUGUCUGAUCUAGCCGCUCAGGCGGUUGCGGAGGCAACUAAGCGCCUUUCCGAUACUGGCAACGCUAGCACGAACCUUACGCGUUUGACGGAGCUGAGUUUGUGUCGAGAUGCCGAAAACCUUCAUGAUGGGUUCAGUAGCGGUGCCUCAGGCGUGGAUUCUCCUGGCAGACUGUCAAGUGUCCAGGUGGUUGGGGGUGGUGAUGACGAGGCUGAAGAGGCCAGGGCAUGUACUGCAAUCGCAAUGGCUUGGGAUCGGACUGAUCAUUUGUUGUACCCCGGACCACUCAGUCGGUCCGAAACAUUGAAGGCCGACGUUCUUGCAUUUUUGCGAGAAAAGCUUGCCGAAAUACAAGACCGUCUCCCAAUCGAUUGGGAAUCCGCCGGAUUGUUGAUUGCCUAUUUGGAAUCAAUGGUAAAGAACAAUGGAGUAAGUACUCUUUCUUCGCGCAUCGUAAUUGUCAAACCUUUUUCGGUGACCCUGGAACUAGUCGGUGUAAAUGUUUGA